GAUCAGAUUCUCUACAGAGACCUCUACAGCACAGAGAUCCAGACAUGGCACCUACAAUCACUGCAGCUCUGACCAACUCUCAGGAACAUCUGACUCUGACUCACAAGCUCAGAAAACCUCAGGUGGAGAAGUUACGUAGAGAGAGAAUCAACAGCAGCAUUGAGCAUCUCAAGUCUCUCCUGGGUCCAGAGUUCCUCAAACAGCAGCCAGACUCCAAGCUGGAGAAAGCAGACAUCCUGGAGAUGACAGUCUGCUUCCUGAGGCGGCUGCAGCAGCAGAACCGAGCUGUGGACUCAGCUGCUGUCAAUCGGGGCUACUCCAGGUGUGUCCAGGAGGUGGCACACUUCCUGUCCCGUGAGGAGGUGACCCAGCCCCAGAGAAGACUGAUGAUGGAGAACUUCAACAAGCUGCAGUCUUCCUCUGAAAAGAUUCUGACAGAGGCUGACUUCUCUCCUCUGAGCUCCACAGUCCAGACCAGCAUCAUCAAAGACAAGAGUCCAGUCAACAGCACUGUCUGGAGGCCGUGGUAAAUGAAGGACUAUUAGGAAGUUCCAGAGCAAAUAUGUUGUAACAUUGUACAAACACCUGUACCUGUACUCAUUCUCUCGGUGUUCUACUUUUUCAAGUCAUUGCUUCUGUAGUUUUGUUUUGUUUUAUUCGCUUUUGUAAAGGCUGUAUUCUGAGUUCCUGUGAUAUUUGCAGGUUAACUACUCUUUUGCGGUAGAAGAGGAGUCACACAUUUGUGAUUCAGGUGUGACUCUGUGAAGUACACAUUAUUAUUCUUUUAUAAUUCUCACUGAGAAUGCCUUUGUAUUGUUAGUAAGACUGACAGUGACGUGUUGAUAGACACAUAUAUUCACGUUGAACAUGUCUAAUAUCUUCUGUGUGAUAUUCACACAUUCCAUUGAUUGCAAUGUGAAUUCUUCAUAUAUGUAUAUGAAUUUAUGAACUGUCUGUAUUUUAGCAGAUGAAGUUUGUCUAUGAACAAAAGUGCUGCUUUUAUCGCUCUGUGAGUGACAGCACCCAUACCUUCAAUGAAGGGCUUGUCCUGUGGAAAAUGAAUGUAUCUCUUGAAGCCAAGUGAUGUGCAUUAAAACAAUCACAAAAAACAAAAACA